AUUACUAUUUAUGUCCGCCAUUCAUUCUUUUGAGUUGCUUUUUCGUUUUACAAUUUCAUAGAGUGCGCGAUUUGUCAUCGGUUUCAACGCAAAAAUAAAACUCUUCCCAAUUACGUCGAAUGUUAGAAGCUCACAAUCUACCUUCAAGGGAUUGAUAUUUCAUUGCUAGUUAUUCGUACAGUGUGUCAUUCCUUCCACCUGCGAACAUUGAAUCGAGAUCAUAUUAUCUGAGGCUAGUAAUGAGCUUCAUCACCAUAAGCCCCUGCAGCUGCGAAAUAUAUUCAAGUGCCUGAUGGUGUGGAAAGUAUGUGCGAUUAACAAAGUAUCACAGAAGGACUCAGCAUGGGGGCCUUUCUAAACAAACCUGAAACUAAGAAGUACAACGAAACUGGGGAAGGUAACGGUCUUCGCUAUGGCGUGGCGUCUAUGCAGGGCUGGCGCGUGGAGAUGGAGGAUGCUCAUCACGCCCAACUCACACUGAACGGAACAUUAUCAGAUUGGUCGUAUUUUGGGGUAUUCGAUGGCCACGCGGGAGCUAGGGUUUCGGCGCAUUGUGCUGAAAACUUGCUCGAAUGCAUUCUGCAAACGGACGAGUUUAGACGCGAAGAUAUAGCUGAAGCUAUACGGACCGGCUUUUUGGAUCUAGACAAGAAAAUGAGGGAGUUGCCUGAACUAUCUAAUGGGCAGGAGAAGUCCGGGUCUACCGCCGUCUGCGCAUUCGUAUCGCCAAAACAAAUCUAUAUAGCUAAUUGUGGGGAUUCCCGAGCGGUCCUCGCUAGGAAUGGCAUGCCUAUAUUUGCUACAAGAGACCAUAAGCCGGAAUUACCUUCUGAGAAGUCUCGCAUAGUGCAAGCCGGAGGCACAGUUUUAAUACAGCGUGUGAAUGGCAGUUUGGCUGUAUCUCGAGCUUUAGGGGAUUAUGAGUAUAAAAAGGUAUUUGACCGAGGUCCAUGCGAACAGCUGGUGUCACCGGAGCCUGAGGUAUCUAUACACGAGAGGUCGGAGGGCGAGGAUGAAUUUCUGGUGCUGGCCUGUGAUGGAGUAUGGGAUGUGAUGACCAAUGAGGAUCUGUGUGCUUAUGUGCAUUCAUUAUUGCAACUCACCGAUGACCUUGUAGCCAUUACCAAUCAAGUUAUUGACACAUGUUUAUAUAAGGGAAGCAAGGACAACAUGAGUAUUGUGUUGGUGGUAUUCCCCGCUGCACCCAAACCAAACCCUGAGGCGCAGAAAGCGGACCGCGAACUGGAUGCUACUCUACGACAGAGGCUUACAGCUCUCAUCGAGCAGAACGCUAGCACCGACGAUGGCGAGGACAGCUCUGGUCGCUUUACCCAGGUUCUGAAACAGUUAGUGCAAGAGAAGAUCCCCGGCCUGCCACCGGGAGGGGGGCUCGCCGCUAAGCAAGCACUACUAGACAAAAUAUACAGAGAGUUUUAUCCGGAACACCCCGAUAGCGCCGAGACAUUCGAGUGUCAGGAGCUCGCAGACGGCUUCGACAACAACUAGACCCCGCCCACCGCCCCGCCCACUCACACAGAGCCCCGUGUGAUUCACGCAACCCGAUUGCAAUAUCAUACAUAUCUCUACCAUAAUCGUUCAGACAUGAAAUUUCAACAUAUAUUCUCCAUGAAUAUUAUACGGACCAAUAGUUAAUCGUCGAAAUUAUUACAGCGUUUGAGUAUACACUUAGUUUUAAAAUGAUAAGAAACAAGAAUCAUGUCGAGUCUCUCUGUGAGUCGGGAGUACGGGAAUUUCGUAUGAGAUCUUUAACCCUGUAUACCGACGUCGCUUGUAUAGUGGGGUAGCAGUAGUACGUCAAGCGGAGUUGUACUCGUUUUAUAUAAAGUUGACUACCUAUUUUGUACAUAAAAAUGUCUCGUUUUAACGUAGGAGUACAAUUCUUGCACUUCUGUUCCUUCGUCUAUGUGAAUUGUCGUUAGAUUUAAUCGCUUUGUAAAAAACCUGCUUAGUCACAGAGUUGUCUCGUGGAGACGACCGUCUACGGUUCUGGCGACACCGCCGAAUACGCUACAAGUCCACCUUUACCGCUGUAAAUGGAGUUAUAUUUAAAGCUGUUUGCACACUGACGCCGCGAACCGCAAUGCAGCGACUGACAGAUCUUCUGUCUCACACGUCAGCUGUGAGUCGUUAGGUUGUAUCUCGCUCUCGCUUUUUUACGGUUUGCGGCGCUAGUGGGUAAACUACCUAAGAGGUCACGUUUAAUAUCUUCGGCGUUUUCAAUUGGAAAGAAUAUGUGAAGCACAAAUUUUGCGUUAACCCCAAAGGCGAACGUGCUAGUUAUAGUUUUGUAUAGCUGUGCAGGGGUCUCGAGUUCCGCGGCGUUUAUUAUAGUUUCAUACAUUAGUUUUCAAUUUUUUUUUAUUCAUAAAAUUGACCCUACCACACGUCAUAAUAAAUUUUAUUGAAAUUUUUUUUGUGUUGUUUUUGUAAGGUUAGGAAACAGGCGAAAAGAUUUGUGGUAAAUGUUUUCAACAUACCCUCAUUUUUAUAUUGCUUAUUAUAGUUCUGUAUGUUGCCAGUAUAAAGCCAGCUUGUAAUGCCGGCUAAACUUUGUGCACCUGUGUCCUGUACAUACUUCGUUAGUUAUAGUUUAUGCUUCAUUAUGAUGGAUAAAUUUCAACACAUUACAUAUUUUAAAGUCCAUAGUGUUUGUACUUAACUUCCAAAAUACGAAACAACCAUUAUGCUAUGGAAGUCAGUAUUCAUUCUUCUUUCUGUAAAAUUCAUUUUUGCAUAUAUUUUUCUCUGCUAAUUAUUUGGUUUAACUUUUUUAUAUUAUAUAAAAAUGAAUGCAAACUUAAUUUAAUGGUUGAUUAAUAAGUAUGUAAACAUUUGUAUAUCUCUGGAAAUAUAUUUUGUCAAGUUUUAAGCAAUAUAAAGUUCCAUUGCCAUUUUUUAAACUUUUUCAUGUAUAUAAAGGAAAAUACAUUUGUACCUGUUGAAACGGAUCUUAGAAUUGUAUUGGUAAAGAGAUCUAUAUUUGCAUAAUGCCAAUUUUAAUCUUACUCUCUUAUUUUGAGUCCUAUUUUCGUUAAAAAUACAACAAUAAAAUAUUUGUGAUUAAGAUUGAAAUUGGCCUAAGAAUUCACAACGGAUUGUUGAAAAAUUUGAAAUGUUAUUAUUACACUUUGAAUGGAAUUGUAUAAUAUCGUAUCGUUGGUUCAAUUUACACUAGUAUCUACAGACUUAAGUUUAUUUUAGGUGAUGUAUUUUGUGAAUUAGACCAAAAAUAUAUCUGGCAGUGGGUUUAUGAAAUAGUUUUGUCGUCAAAGGCGAAUAGUUAGUAGGUUUGUCUGGUUGUUUUAUUACGUUUCCUGACGAAUGUCGACAAUUGUGUCUCUUUAUACCUAGUAGACGCUUGAACAAUAAAUAAAUACCUGUACGUA